GUCUUAAUUUUACCGACAUCAACAGCUACCGACCUGCCCGUCUCUCUCCUCAGUUGCUUCUUGAGCCAACAAAGUUUAUGCCGUUUGAAGGAAGUGCCAAAGUCGUGUACGACACAAUUGAGGGGCCAUAUAUUAUUACUUUUUGCGGAAGCAACGAGAAUAGUUACAAUUGGCUAUCGAGAAGAUCAGAAGAAGAGCCGGCAGCGCCAGAGGCUCAGAAGAAAGAUGAUGCCGGCGAAGCAGCUCCGUUGUAUAUUCACGGCGAUCAUAUUUGUUUUGCCGAUUCUACUUUCCGGCGCAGAUGAUGAUAUCCACAGAUCCGACUUCCCUGAUACAUUUGUUUUCGGUUCCGGUUCUUCUGCUUAUCAAGUCAGGAACUUUUAUUUCUACACUGUUGAGGGGGCAGCAUUUGAAGAUGGAAGGACUCCUAGCAUUUGGGACACUUUUGCUCAUGCUGGUGAAUAUGGAGGCGCCACUGCAGAUGUAUCUUGUGAUGCGUACCAUAAAUACAAGGAAGAUGUAAAACUCAUGGCUGAUACGGGUUUGGAAGGAUAUAGAUUUUCCAUUUCGUGGUCGAGACUUAUUCCUAAUGGUAGAGGUCCUGUUAAUCCUAAGGGACUGCAGUAUUACAAUAAUCUCAUCGAUGAGAUCGUCAGCCAUGGAAUUCAACCACAUGUUACUCUAUGUCACAGUGAUCUGCCACAAGUACUUGAAGACGAAUAUGGAGGAUGGAUGAGUCGAAAGAUAAUCGAUGACUUCACUGCCUAUGCGGGUGUGUGUUUCAAGGAAUUUGGUGAUAGAGUUUUGCAUUGGACUACCUUAAAUGAGGCCAAUGUAUUCGCUCUAGGCGGUUAUGAUAAUGGAAUGACCCCUCCAAAUCAUUGUUCCCCACCUUUCGGAAUGAGAUCCUGCCCCAUAGGUAACUCUUCAACCGAGCCUUACAUAGCAGGUCAUAAUUUACUGCUCGCCCAUUCAGCUGUGGUGAGACUAUACAGGAAAAAAUACAAGUCAAUUCAACAUGGUUCUGUUGGAUUAAAUCUCUUUGCAUUUUGGUCUCUUCCUUAUACAAAUGAAACAGCUGAUGUAAUUGCAGCACAACGAGCUAAUGAUUUUUACCUAGGCUGGUUUGUGAAUCCGUUGAUAUUUGGAGACUAUCCCGAUAUAAUGAAGAAGAAUGCUGGUUCUAGAUUGCCCAAAUUCACAAUACAAGAAUCUAACCAAGUUAAAGGUGCUAUAGACUUUAUAGCCCUGAACCAUUAUAUGACAGUACGCGUCAAAGAUAACUCCAACAGCCUGGAAAAUGAUAUCAGAGACUUCAGCGCCGAUGCAGCAUUUCGAUUUAUUUUGACAAAUGGUGGUACAUCACCAGGCCAGUAUCCAGUGAUAGAACCAGGUCUGGAAGGAGUACUAGAAUAUUUCAAGCAAACUUAUGGCAAUCCACCUAUGUAUAUUCAUGAAAAUGGUCAAAUGACUCCACGAAAUGCAACGUUUAAUGACACAACCCGGAUAGAAUAUCUGCAAACUUAUAUCGGGAAUUUGCUUCAUGCUGUGAGGAAUGGAUCAAAUGUGAAAGGCUACUUCACGUGGUCAUUUCUAGACUGUUUUGAGUUACUGGACGCAUAUGGUUCGGCGUUUGGCUUAUACUAUGUGGAUUUGAAUGACAAAGAGUUAACAAGAUAUCCAAAGCUUUCUGCACAUUGGUACUCCAAUUUCUUGAAGGGAAAAGGCUACAAACAUAGUGGAAUUCUUCAGAAUGAGGAUAAAUUACUUCAUUCAUCCCAAUAAGUACUGUGUUAGAGAUUUCACAAAUAUCUAUUGCAAUUUUUGCAAAUAAAUGUUGUGGCAAUGCCAAUGUACAAUCUGCACCCAGCUCUUAGUAUCAUCAUAUUUGUUUUAAGGGAGUUGAUUUAUUAUCA